AUGUCUGGCAAGGGUGCAAAGGGCCUGUCCGGCAAGGGUGCCAAGGGUACCAUCGGCAUCAAGGGCGCUGGCGGCGACAAGAAGAAGCCCAUCUCCCGCUCGGCGCGUGCCGGCCUGCAGUUCCCCGUGGGCCGUAUCCACCGUCUGCUCAAGGGCCGCGCCACCGCCAACGGUCGUGUGGGUGCCACCGCCGCCGUGUACACCGCCGCCAUCCUGGAGUACCUGACCGCCGAGGUGCUGGAGCUGGCUGGCAACGCCUCCAAGGAUCUCAAGGUGAAGCGUAUCACCCCCCGCCAUCUCCAGCUUGCUAUCCGCGGUGAUGAGGAGCUGGACACGCUGAUCAAGGCCACCAUCGCGGGCGGCGGCGUCAUCCCCCACAUCCACAAGUCCCUCAUCAACAAGCAGGGCAAGAAGGAGGGCUUCCCGCUCAUGCCCCCCCUGUAA